GCUCUGAGGAGUGUACCCAUGGAAGGUGUGUGUCUCCUGAUACGUGUCAGUGUGAGCCAGGCUGGGGAGGACUGGACUGCUCCAGUGGUUGUCAGAGUGACUUCUGGGGCCCCCACUGCAGUAACCGGUGCCAGUGUCAAAACGAGGGCAAGUGUAACCCCAUCACGGGGGCGUGUGUGUGUACAGACGGGUACCAAGGUUGGCGCUGCGAAGAGCCCUGUGAACCUGGGUACUAUGGCAAGGCCUGCCAUCUCAUCUGCCAGUGUCUCAACGGAGCCACCUGCCAUCAUCAGACUGGAGACUGCAUCUGUUCUCUGGGAUACUCUGGAGCCUUCUGUGGUGAGCGGUGUCCCAGUGGUAGUCAUGGACAACAGUGUGAUCAGAGCUGUUCCUGUCAGAACGGAGGAUCCUGUCAUCACGUCAGUGGGGAGUGUUCCUGUCCCGCUGGAUGGAUGGGCUCAGUGUGUGCCCAGCCGUGCCAAGUGGGCAAGUAUGGCAUCAACUGCAGCAAGGACUGUUCCUGCCUUAACGGUGGACUGUGUGACCAUGUCGCUGGUCAGUGCCAGUGUACCCCAGGUUACAGUGGACGGAGAUGCCAGGAGGAGUGUCCGGUGGGGUGGUAUGGUCCUCAGUGCAGCCUGCGUUGUGACUGUCAGAACGGUGCUAAGUGUUACCAUAUCAACGGGGCGUGUCUCUGUGACACAGGCUUUAAAGGACCUCAUUGUCAGGAGAGGUUCUGUCCCCCAGGCCUGUACGGACUCAUCUGUGACAAGUACUGUCCCUGUAACGCCUCCAACACUGUCAGCUGUCACCCCCUGUCAGGUGAGUGCAGCUGUACAGCAGGAUGGGCGGGGCUCUACUGCAACGAGACCUGUCCACCUGGUUACCACGGCGACGGAUGCAGGUUGCCAUGCAGCUGUUCCCACGGGGCCGACUGUCACGGAGUCACUGGGGCCUGCGUCUGUGCCCCUGGUUACAUGGGAGAUGACUGCUCUUCUCUAUGUCCUCCGGGGCUAUACGGUCCUAGUUGCUCCUCUACCUGCUCCUGUCAUAACCACGCCCCCUGCUCCCCCAUCGAUGGAUCCUGUAGCUGCAGAGAAGGUACAGUACACCCCAGGGGACAUAGCUAAUACAACAGACUGA